CGUUGGAGGCGGAGGCGGAGGCGGCGGACGGGGGCCUCCGGGCGGGUCCGAGCAGGGAAGCAGCGAGAGCAUCUUUUCGGGCAUGACCUACUUCGCCUCCCAGAACAGGAUGGGCCAGAUGACUUCUAAGCAGAGGGAAGGGCUUAAUAGCUUUCUGGCGUCGAGCGUGGAGACAAUGAAUCACCAUAUUGCAUCGUCGGGCGUCGACCCCAGCCUCGUCUGCAACAAAAUUAGGAGAGUGUUUUUUCUACUCCCGGGCGUGGUGCUCCAACAAUCCAAAAUUAUGGCUCCACCCAUGAUAUUGGAUGGCAUGGAUGGAGACCCCAGUGCGUCGAUGGAGGACUCUGGGCCACUGCAUGAGGUAGCAAGCACGGGGAAAAUGGUGACUUGCAAAUACUUGGUGGAGCAGGUUGGGUUUGACAUCAAUGCUGAAGCUAAUAAUGAUUCUGGCAUGACACCUUUGGCUUCUGCGGUGUCGCAUGGUAAAACAAUUGCUGCAAAGUAUUUGCUUGAUAAAGGUGCUGACCCCGAUAAGCAAGACAACAAAGGCUUUACUCCUCUGCAUUAUGCUACAAAAGAAGGGAAGGACCGACUAGUGCGACUGUUGCUAUCUAAAGGAGCUAGUGUUGAUGUAUUAUCUUGUGAAGGGACACCACUACAUGUUGCUGCCUCGUACGGGAAGUCUGGCAUCAUGCAGAUUUUGUUGCAGCACAAUGCAGAUCCAAACAGGGUCUCGGCAGAUUUAGGUACACCCAUGGCUGCAGUUCUUUGUGUUGCUUCUGGAAAAAUUAGUGAGCUUACUGCUUUAAAGUGCAUGAAGCUCCUUGUCAAGGCUGGUGCUGAUUUCAAUAGUGCAAAUCCUGAGACUCCAUUGGUGAUAGCAACUAACAAAGACUUAUCUGAAUGUGUAAAGUACCUGUUGGAGGUCGGUGCAGAUGCCAAUAUUCCUAGCAAUCAUGGGUGUAUGACACCAAUAGAAAUCGCUGCAAACUCUGGGAAAAGGAAGCUUGUGGAGAUUCUGCAUCCUUUCACUUCACCCGUUGGAUCUGUGUCAAACUGGAGCGUUGAAGGAAUUAUUGCCCAUGCAAAAUCAAGGCAUUCAAAGAAAACGGGUAAUCAAAGUGAUAAGGAUAGCAAGGUCCAGCUGAAAUUAAAUGCAGAAGAAGCAACCAAGAAACAUAACUCUAGUGCACUGAAGUUCUGUGCCAAGGACGACGGAUGUGCUACAGAUAAGAAGGCUGAGCUGAAAUUACUCGGUGCAAAAGCAGUCAAGCAGCAGGACUAUGCUGGUGCAUCAAGAAUCUAUAGCAAGGCUAUCAAACUGGAUCCUGAAGAUGCAGCAAUGUAUUCAAAUAGGAGCCUUUGCCAUCUAAAGAGUGGUGAAGCACAUGAUGCUUUGCUUGAUGCUAAUGCUUGCAUAAGGCUGCGGCCUAAUUGGCCAAAAGGUUACUAUCGAAAAGGAGCUGCCUUCAUGUUGCUCAAGGAGUACAAAGAAGCAUGCGAUGCAUUCGUGGCCGGAGGGAAACUGGAUCCUGCAAAUGUGGAUAUACAUGAAGCAUUUUGGGAGGCAGUUGAGGCAAUGAAGAAAGAUCAUUCGGCUGUACAAUGUGUCAACUCAUCUAAUUAGAGCUCUGGCGAGUUCCUGCUGGGUUUUGUUGUUCCUUUCCAGGUUCUCGUUAUGUAUUUGUCUGCCUGUUGACAUGUGAUGAAGUGGUGGUCUCUUGCGGAAAUGUCUAUUAACGCCACGUUACUCGAUAUCUAGUCCACUUGUCUGGGGAUCAAGAACUUGGCCCUCACAUCAAUUUGUAUUCAUACCAACCCAUUAUGUGUCGUACUUCCUCCGUUCCAUAAUACAAGGCACGCAUAAAU